AUAAACUUCUCUGCUCGACAUUUCGGGACGUGACUGCUGCACGAGACAAUUUAAGCAGAGAUCUUGCACAUUUUCAUCGUUUUACGUUCCCAUGAGGUUACGAGCAAACGUUCUGACUCCAUCACAAGCGAGAACAGAAUCCGAUGAGCUUUGGUUUGCGUUACACAGACGCUCCGUCUAGCAUGGGCCACUGUUGUUCCUGCGUGUGCAAAAACAAGAACGCUUUCAUUCGCCAGGCGAACGACGACGAAUGGGUGUACGUAGAUUUCGAUUCUGACUUCACCGACUUUGAUGAUGAUGAAGAAACAAUCUGCCGAGACGAAGCACUGGAAGAAAUUUUGUCAGCCUUCGAAGAUGCGCUCUACUGGCCGAAGCAGCAAAGUUUGUUCCCUAAUUCAACGGCCAUCGAGUCUAUGAACGCAAUGUUCUGCGUGGCGACUUCACAAAUGUCGCGUUUGGCGUCAGAGGGAAAGUGUAGCGAAGCCGAUGAAAUUGCCGACGCUAUCUUUGAGCUUGUGGACGUUUGGGGAGAAAGCGUGUUCAAUACUUUGAAUAUGACAUUCUUCACGAGAGAGGAAAUUUCCCUCGGCCGGUUUGCCGUGAAGGUUGGACAAUACCUAAAGCCAGAACCGUUGCAAGAAAACGAAGACGACAUAGCUGUGAAACUGUUUUUCUUCAUUGUGUAUGACACGGAUCUUGAGAAAUACAUUUGCACCUAUCAUUUGGAAUAUCGCGACUAUGACGGUAUGACUGCAGGGGUUUAUAUGUUGAAGCUGAAAUCCCGCAAGGGUAAAGUUCAAGUGGCAUCUUACGGUGACACUUGUCCAGGAUACUGGAAAAUUCGACAGAACGUUUUAGCAGACUUCUCCAAGAGAAAACGAUCUUUCAUCUCAUGUUGAUAUAACAAACAAAAACUUCGGUUGAUACGAGCUCCCACCCCCCUGCCCCUUCCCCGCCCUUGCAACUAUUUCCCUCGGGUGUGAGACUGCUGCAUUGUCGACAUGAACCCCUCGGGUGAGGGGGUUUAAGACUUGACGUAGGGUGGGAUAAGGUGUUGAAUUCCGUUUGUUUUGAGAUUUCAUGCGCGCGUGGGGUUCGUAAGCAUGACAAUUGAAUGUCUCCCAGUCCCAGGGAGAUUGCCCCCAAAAUACUAGAACUGAUCAUAGAUAUGGUUGGGAAUUAAUUUAAUUUGUACAAUUUGUAUAAAUCAAUGUAAAUAGCCUAAUAUUGUAAAUUAAAUGAUUCUGUCAGUA